CGUUAGGCUGUUGUACCGAGUGAGGCCGAAAAUACUGUCGCAUUUGCAUAGUGCAAGUUUCCGAGAAGAAAAAACAACGACAUGUGAAUGAAACGGCCAAGGAGGCCGGACAAUAGGAGACCUUGAGUCUCUCGGCAUAAGUGGAAACGUAAGAGGGAUUCGAACGGCAGUCAUUGUCCGCGGGAAAAUGGUGCAAAGCUGUUGUGGGUGAUUUUUUUUUCUGUGGCGGAAAAUGGUGACGGAUUUUAAAUUAUGGAAAUGGUUAUUUCACAUGGAACUGUUACUCUAUCUACUUCAACCGGAAGUCGAUGCAGCCAUCAUGGCUCCCCCUUGGGCCAAUCCCAAACUAAACCCCUGCGCCUCCCAACCGAGAGGGUGGCAACUUUUGUUUUGGCCGCCAGAUGGCAAGUGCUACAAAAUAUUCCAGGUUGGCUAUCCUUGUCCGCCUGGAAUGGAACUGAGCCCAUCUGUCGGGAAAUCUGGAAAGAAUCUAUCUGCAGAAUGCAGAUGCACUCCGGAAAAAGCUCAAUCUGCUACAGACGGAGCUUGCUACGAUUUAUUUACUCUAGGACCUUGCCAAACUGGACACUACUUUGGACCAGACACAAAAUAUAAAAGUGAGAAUUCGAAACGGCAAUGGGGCGUUUGCAAACAGAUGAAACCAUGUCCAGAGGAAAACACGAUUUUCUGGCCAAAAGACGGAAAAUGUUACCAAAGACUGACGAGAGGACCUUGUCCAAAAGGACAACUGCUCACUGUAGAUUCUAAUAAAGAAUUGGCAGUAUGCCAAUGCGACAAAGAUGAUGAACUAAGCAAUUAUAGGUCUCAAAACGGACAAUGCUAUCAGCACUACACAAGAGGACCUUGCUUAGAAAAAGGACAUCUAUUUUUACCAAACAAGACUUGCGGGUGCCAUACUGGUAUGCCCCAUUAUCAUAACGAUACACAACAGUGUUUUGAAUUAGGCACCAUAGGCCCCUGCGCCCAAGGCCAAACCUUCCAGCUGCCUCACUCGACCGCCCCCCACGCCUACUGCACCUGCAAACCGGGCUACAUCCCCUACCGCGACCACCCCGCCUGCUACCGCCCCUACACGCGAGGCCCCUGCCCCGCCAGCCAUAUCCUGCUCAACGACUCGACCACCUGUUUGCCGCAGCCCUGCGAGCGCGGCCAUCUCUACUUCCCCGAGCUGAAACGCUGCCAUCGCAUCGGCACGCGCGGGCCUUGUCCCAGUCACGCCGUCGUCACCUUCGACUUCGAUACGCGGCCGUCCGUCGACGGCAUCAGCUACAACGGCCAAUGCGCGUGCACGGACAAAGCGUGCAGCCACGAGGCAGGCGACAGGCCGGCCUGCGAUCGCGCGAAGGGGCUCGUGCGCUUCGGGGAGGAGUGCCACAAGAUGUACACGCAGGGGCCGUGUUUCAGGGGGUCGUGGUUGGUGGCCGAGCGCGAGGGGAAGCAGCUUGAGCUGUACACGGAACAUAAGGGGGAGAGGGUGGGGGUGUGCGAGUGCAUUCCGGGAUAUAAGAGAAGCGUGAGGACGAUAGGGAGGAGGGAGGUGACGUUGUGUUUAGCGCCGACUGUUAUGUUGGCGGAGUAUUUGAAUGGGAACAAUACCGUCCCUCGGGUUGUUAGUGUAUGAUGAAUGUGUUCGAUUUUUGUGAUUUUUUUAAUAAAAUGUGAAACUUAGAUUAUUUAUUCAUUUAUACCUAU